GAGCAGCUUCCCUUCUCCCCGUCUCAUGACUCAGCACCACCUCUCCAUCCUCUCUCUCUCCUUCCUUCUCUCUCCUCGUAUAAAGUGCCCCGACGCCGCCAUCAGAGCGCCACACCUCCACGCAGCCGCCUCGGGCUCCGCCGACCCGGCUCGCCGCCGCAAAUCCUAGCCGCCGGCCCGCCCGCUUGCCCAUGGCCGCGGAGUCCUGCGGCAGCCGCGGCGCCUCGCCCCCGCCGCCCCCCUCCGCGGGCGCCGGCGCGGUCGGCAGGCGGCGAAAGGCGGAGGCCUACGCCGAAGUGCUCCGCCGCAUCCGCGCCGGCCACGGCGGCGCGAGCCCCGGGUUGGAAGACGAGCUGUGGGCCCACUUCCAGGGCCUACCCGCCAGAUAUGCGUUGGAUGUGAAUGUUGAGCGGGUUGAGGAUGUCUUAUUGCACAAGAAAUUGCUUGAGCAAGCCCAUGAACCCAUGAAUGGGCUGGUCUUUGAUGUUCGUCUUUCACAGGUUGUUCCUCUGGAGGAAAGCACUGGACUUGAGUCCUCAACUUCCUUUAAACAAGAAGAACAAGAUCCCCAAUGCUCAGCAUUUGCAUCAAGAGAUCAAAGGCCUUUGCAUGAAAUUAUAUUUGCAUGUGACGAUAAGCCAAAGCUUCUUAGUCAGCUAACCUCUCUACUUGGGGGGCUUGGUCUUAAUAUCCAAGAAGCACAUGCAUACUCGACGAGUGAUGGCUAUUCCUUAGACAUCUUUGUUGUUGAGGGCUGGAAGUAUGAGGUUGAUGUUCUCCGAAGUGCAUUGAGGAAAGGUGUUGAGAAAAUAAAGUACAGAGCAUGGCCAUUGGUCCAAUCGAUGCCAGUUAGGAUGGGUCACCAGCUGUUGGAGGACUCUCCUUCAUCUGACUUUGUCCAGAUACCAGCUGAUGCAACUGAUGUUUGGGAAGUUGAUCCCAGGCUUCUCAAAUUUGAACAAAAAUUAGCUUCUGGAUCUUUUGGUGAUCUAUACCAUGGGACAUACUGUAGUCAAGACGUAGCAAUCAAAGUACUCAAGCCUGAGCGGGUUAGCGUUGAUAUGCUGCGCGAGUUUGCACAGGAAGUAUAUAUAAUGAAAAAGGUCCGCCACAAGAAUGUUGUGCAGUUUAUUGGUGCAUGCACCAAACCUCCUAUUUUGUGUAUAGUUACAGAGUUCAUGCCCGGAGGGAGUAUUUUUGACUUCCUUUACAAUAAACGAGGAAAUUUUCAGCUCCGGGAUGUGCUAAGAGUUGCAUCUGACGUGUCCAAGGGAAUGAACUACUUGCAUCAGAUUAACAUUAUCCACAGAGACUUGAAGACUGCUAAUCUUCUAAUGGAUGAUCAGGUUGUCAAGGUUGCAGACUUUGGGGUAGCAAGGGUUAAAGACCAGUCAGGAGUUAUGACUGCAGAAACAGGAACAUACAGAUGGAUGGCUCCUGAGGUCAUUGAGCACUUGCCCUAUGAUCAUAGGGCAGAUGUUUUCAGUUUUGGGAUAGUUCUUUGGGAACUGCUGACUGGAAAGCUUCCUUACGAAGACAUGACACCUCUUCAGGCAGCAGUUUCUGUCGUUCAAAAGGAUCUGAGGCCUGUUAUUCCUGCUGAUACUCAUCCUAUGCUUGUGGAUCUACUUCAGAGAUGCUGGCAGAAAGAUCCAGCCCUAAGACCAACCUUUGCAGAGAUUCUAGAUAUACUGAACACCAUGAAGGAGGUGGUUCGAAGUUCCGGGCACCACAAGAGACAUCCAGGUCGAUCUCACUCCGGGCAGAGGCGAGGCUGUUGAUGCGGCAGUUUUUGUUUAGUGUUCCACGCCUUUGUUUUGUUUUCCUUUUCAUUUUUUCUUUGAUAGCAAGGUUAUGUUUUUAGUCAUCCAAAAAACUGUUAUCGGUAGGUCAGUGAUAAUUUCAGAAUAUAGUCUGAUGAGUUUGUUACAAAUUUGAGUAAUCUUGCAAGAGUUGCACCACUUUAAAGUUUGAAGGGCAUAUGUAUCGGUCUAAACCUGGCUUUUCCUUUCCCUUCUGCCGAAGAAACAUUAAUUUA